AUGAGAGUCACUAACCAGUCGAGUGUCUCCGAAUUCAUCCUCCUGGGGCUCUCCACUCAGCCCCAGCAACAGCAGCUCCUCUUCCUGCUCUUCCUGAGCAUGUACCUGGCCACGGUGCUGGGGAACCUGCUCAUCCUCCUGGCCAUCAGCGUGGACUCCCGCCUGCACACCCCCAUGUACUUCCUCCUCUCCAACCUGUCCUUCGUGGACAUCUGCUUCACCUCCACCACCAUCCCCAAGAUGCUGACUGACCACCUGCUGGGAUCCCAGACCAUCUCCUUUGCUGGCUGCCUCACGCAGAUGUACUUUCUCUUCCUGUUUGUGGACAUGGACAACUUCCUGUUGGCUGUGAUGGCCUAUGACCGCUAUGUGGCCAUAUGCCACCCUUUACACUACUCAACUAAGAUGACCCAUCAGCUCUGUGCCCUUCUUGUCACCGGGUCCUGGAUUGUCUCCAACAUGGAUGUACUGACACAUACUCUGCUAAUGGCUCGUCUGUCCUUCUGUGCAGACAAUGUCAUCCCCCACUUCUUCUGUGAUGUCACCCCCCUCUUGAUGCUCUCCUGCUCAGAUACAUACAUCAAUGAGAUGUUGAUUUUGAUUGAAGCCAGUUUGAUCACAAUUGGCCCAUUUAUUUGUAUCUUGGUGUCCUAUAUUCUUAUCACCCAUGCUGUGCUGCGCGUCCCAUCGAGGAAGGGCAAAUGGAAGGCCUUCUCUACUUGCAGCUCCCACCUAGCCGUGGUCUUCCUCUUUUAUGGCACCAUCAUAUUUCUAUAUUUUAACCCUUCAUCUUCACAUUCAACGGACUCAGACAUAGCAGCUGCUGUGAUGUUCACUGUGGUGACUCCCAUGCUGAACCCCUUUAUAUAUAGCCUGAGGAACAAAGACAUAAAGGGAGCUCUUGGGAAAGUGAUGGCCAUGAAAGUCUUAAUGACUCAACAAUGA